CAACUAAGCAAUUAAGGCAAGAUAACAGGAGUCAAGGUUCAGAUUUAACUUAUGUGCUAAACUUCGUAUUUCAUAACGAAUAAUAUCCUAGCCAAGGCAGAAGUGUUGUAUUUACUGUAGCAAAAUGGGCAAUUUAGAGGUUGCUCUGAAUGAUUUGUUUGAACAUUCAUCAGUUCUCCCUAUAAUAGCUGGAGUAAGUGCUGUGGUUGUGUUAGUGACAGUUUUAGCUAACCUAAUAUGGGGAAGGAAAGCAUCCGCACCAACAAAGAAGAUAAACCCUGUCACAUUACUUGACUCCAAUGUAAAGUAUCCCUUACCUCUUAUUGAAAGGGAAGAAAUUAGCCAUGACACAAGAAGAUUUAGAUUUGGACUUCCCUCUCCAGAUCAUAUUCUCGGUUUGCCAAUUGGCCAGCAUAUACACUUAUCAGUAAAAUUACAAGAUGAUCUUGUUAUUAGAGCAUAUACACCUGUUACCAGUGAUGAGGAGAAGGGAUAUGUUGAUUUGGUUAUAAAGGUUUAUUUCAAGAAUGUGCAUCCAAAAUUCCCCGAUGGAGGUAAAAUGUCUCAGCACUUGGAAAGUCUGAAGAUUGGUGACACAAUUGAUGUCAGAGGUCCAUCGGGAAGGCUGCAGUAUGUUGGUAAAGGAACAUUCCAAAUUAAGAAGCUAAGAAAGGACCCGCCAACUAAAGUCACUAUGAAGAAACUCAACAUGAUUGCAGGUGGUACGGGCAUCGCGCCAAUGUUGCAACUGAUCAGACAUAUAUGUCAAGACCCGAAUGAUUCCACGGAAAUGAGGCUAUUGUUUGCAAAUCAGACGGAGGAAGAUAUUUUACUUCGGGACGAAUUGGAGAAGUAUCAACGCGAUCACCCUGAGCAGUUCUGUUUGUGGUACACCUUGGACAGACCUACUGAAGGCUGGAAGUACAGUACCGGCUUCAUCAACGACGAGAUGAUUCGCGAGCACCUGUUCCCUCCAGGCGAUGACGUCAUGGUACUUAUGUGCGGGCCACCACCUAUGAUUAACUUCGCCUGCAAUCCGGCCCUGGAUAAACUAGAAUAUCCAGCGGAAAAGCGAUUCGCAUACUAAAAUGUGAAUUUUAUUCCAUUCACCAGAGAUUUAACUAACUGCGGGUUAUAAAGAAAAAAUCCUGAUUAAAAGUAGGUCAACCGCUGACCUGUUCCCGUACUCUGUAAUAAUUGGAAAAUGUCAAUAUCGCCAACGUCGUUAUCGAUACAAUUUUGGAAAUUUAUAUUUUUAUCAAAAAAUGACAAGUAC